GCGGCUUCGGGACAUAAACAACAGACUGUUCCCUUGUACUCUCUAUUAUGCACCAACCUAGUCAAGUUUUCUAACGUAUUAACAGGGCGGCGCAAAGUUAACUUCCAUAAAAGUCUAUUGCAACGUAUCCGGCUCAAGGUCAGACAUGAGGCUCUGCUCCCUUCUUCUGCUCUGCCUGGCAGCAUACCUGUCAUCCUCCUAUGUGAUUUCCCCUCCACAUAUGUGGACCAAACUGAUCCUGACCCACCACUGGCCAAGCACCUUCUGUGGUAUGGAAGUCCCAGUCUGUCAUCCCAACAUCAGCUACUGGACGCUACAUGGACUCUGGCCAGAUAAAGGGAUUGACUGCAAUUCAUCGUGGCAUUUCAACUCUUCUGAAAUAGAGGACCUGCUUCCAGACAUGAAGAAGAGUUGGCCAGACUUGUUGAGCCCCAUGUCUACUGGAUUCUGGAAGUAUGAGUGGCACAAACAUGGUACAUGUGCAGCCAAGGCAGAGUCUCUGAAUAGCCAACAUAAAUACUUCAGCAAGGCCCUGGAACUAUACCAUAAACUGGAUUUGGACAGCAUCCUGACAAAGUUUGACAUCAUCCCUUCAGAAAAUUACUACAAACUUUCACAAAUUGAAGGAGUCAUAGAGAACUUCUACAGCGUCAAGCCUAAGAUCCAAUGUGUCCAUCCGGCAAAGAAUGCAGGUUUUCAGAUUUUGGGACAGAUUGAGAUCUGCUUCAACUCUGACUUCACCCUCCUGGACUGUGAGAAACAUUCAACAAAGACACCUAAGGGACACUUGGACAAUCACAUCGCAGUCGACAAGACAUCUGGGUUCAGUGUGUGUGACCAGGAUGUGCCCGUUUACUACCCAACACCUCCAUAAAAGAACAUACGACUGAAACCGAACAGCACACUACAACCCUACACACACACACACACACACACACACACACACACACACACACACACACACACACACACACACACACACACACACACACACAAAUCAACUGUACUGUUAUUUAGCAUUUGCGCACAACAACUUAUUUCCUUUUUUCUCAGGGUUCAAAUUGAACACCAUAACUUAAACACUCAUGUUUGUCAACACCUCACAAUGAGUUCAGUCUGAAAACAUUUUAUUACUGCAUUUACAUGCUUGUGGGGACAGGUACUUUGCUCCAGGAAACACACACCGCUACCAAGUAGUGCUUUAAUGGAAUUCAGUGCCUUCCUGACGGCUGCUGGUAGAUGAAUCCGAUAUAGUGCACAGUAUGUUUCUUUCCACGCCUCAACAGGGGGCAUUGUGGUGAGUUUAGGUCAGGUGGGUGGGCAGAUUGGACAGUUAAUAUACGACAUCUUGUUGGCGAAUGAGUGGAGCCUUACAUCAGAUUUGCAGGUGACUCUUAGUCUAUGUUAUCGGUAGGUUAUAUGUCAAUCUUUCGUACAUAAUCUUUUAAGGACUGGGAAUAUUUUAUACCACAUUUGUGUGUUUAUGUGCCUCUUGAUUAUUGCUAUGUUAAGUGAAUUCAUCCAAUGCAUUAUCAUCAAAAUAGCUUGGUUUUCUUAUUGUUAAAUCACUACCCAAAUAUUAUAGGGUCACGUGCACAUUGUAAAUGGCUUUGGGGGCAAAGGUGGUCGUUUUCUAGUCAUUAUAAACGUGUGGUAGUUAUUGCUACCUUUUGAAAUUUGCCUACAUCAUUAUUCAGUGUUUUGUUAUAGGCCUGGUUAGGCCUGUCUAUUGAUAUUAAGGACUGCUAGUCAUAUAGAGAACUUGAAAAAAAUAGCCUAAACAUUAUGUAUGGAUUAGAAAGUACAAAUAAAAUGUGUUAAAAAAAUAGUAUAUUAUGUGUAAAUGAAAUGCUUUUGUUUCUUUUACAUUGUAAUUGUACGUUAAUAUGAGUUAACAACCUCAAAGUACACUAUAAACAAUCAUUUAAACAAGAUGUCAUACAAGGUUAUUAUGCACCAUUUGUGUCCCACAAGCUCUAGGCCUGUAGAGAUAAAAUAGUUGUUGCAAAUGUUUUUUCAAACAAAUGUUUUUUUUUCCUAUAAUUCGCAUUUGUACUUCCAUUGUUUUAAUCUCAAUAAAACAUUCAAUAUCUA